UCGGCCGCCAUUUUUUUUCUUCUAGCGACAAUGCCUGGCAGUAAGUCAAGAUCAAGAUCACGCUCCCGCUCCAAGUCCCGGAGUAAGUCUCCGGGGGCGGCUUCCCACAAAUCCCGAUCGAAGUCCCCAAAAGCAAGCAAGUCCCCGAAACCGGCAAGACGCAAACGAAGCAGAUCCAAAUCCAAAAAACGCUCUGCUUCUAAACGCAAACGAAGCAAGUCUCCAGCCCAUAAAAAGGGCAAGAGAGCGGCUUCAAAAAAGCGCAGCAAGUCCAAGAAGCGCAGCAAGUCCAAGAAGCGCAGCAAGUCUAGGAAACGCAGCAAGUCCAAGAAGCGCAGCAAGUCUAGAAAACGCAGCAAGUCCAAGAAGCGUAGCAAGUCCAAGAAGCGUAGCAAGUCCAGGAAGCGCAGCAAGUCCAAGAAGCGCAGCAAGUCUAGAAAACGCAGCAAGUCCAAGAAGCGUAGCAAGUCCAAGAAGCGCAGCAAGUCCAAGAAGCGCAGCAAGUCCAAGAAGCGCAGCAAGUCCAGGAAGCGCAGCAAGUCCAAGAAGCGCAGCAAGUCCAGGAAGCGCAGCAAGUCCAAGAAGCGCAGCAAGUCCAAGAAGCGCAGCAAGUCUAGAAAACGCAGCAAGUCCAAGAAGCGCAGCAAGUCCAGGAAACGCAGCAAGUCCAAGAAGCGCAGCAAAUCCAAGAAGCGCAGCAAAUCUAGGAAGCGCAGCAAAUCAAGGAAGCGCAGCAAAUCCAGGAAGCGCAGUAAGUCCAGGAAGCGUAGCAAGUCCAGGAAGCGUAGCAAGUCCAGGAAGCGUAGCAAGUCCAGGAAGCGUAGCAAGUCCAGGAAACGCAGCAAAUCCAGGAAACGCAGCAAGUCAAGGAAACGCAGCAAAUCCAGGAAACGCAGCAAGUCCAGGAAACGCAGCAAAUCCAAGAAGAGGAGCAAGUCCAGGAAACGCAGGAAAUCCAGGAAGCGCAGGAAAUCCAGGAAACGCAGCAAGUCCAGGAAGCGCAGCAAGUCCAGGAAGCGCAGCAAGUCUAAGAAGCGCAGCAAGUCUAAGAAGCGUAGGAAGGGAAGCAAGAAAAGGAGAAGUAGGUCAAGGAGAAGGCGUAGCAGAAGCAAGAGGAGAAUGAUUGGUUUGGUUUCAGCCGCUAUUGCGGCCAACAGGACCAAGUGUGCAUCGGCAUUGACCAUCAGAAAGUAUGUCUGUGCUCAUAGCCAUCUGAAAGGAGGCUUACUCACCUUCAUGGUGAGAAAAGCUCUUGCAGCUGGCGUGAGAUCCCAUGUUCUUGCACACCCCAAGGGUUCGAAAGCUUACGUUCUGACAGGCAAAGGGGGCAGGAAACGGAAGACAUCAAAAAAAGCCAAAGCAAGGAGGCGCAGAAAGAGGUCCGCUUCCAAGAAGCGCAAGGCCAAAAAGUCGAAGAAGGGAAAGAAAUCUAGGAAGACCAGAAAGGCACGAAGAAGGUCUCGCAAAAGACGUGCACCAAAGCGGAGAGUUGCCCGCAAAGUCGCUCGUAGGACGUCAAGGAGACGCAGAGCUAUGAGAGCCAAGUAAGCUACACUGUCGUAGCUUAACAACCCGGCCCUUUUCAGGGCCACCAAAUACCUCGGAAUGGA